GCCCGGCCCAGCAUAUCGCAGCCCAGCCCGGCCCGUCCCGAGCCGGCGCAGCACCGCUGGCCACCCCGGCCCCGGCCCCGGCUCCGGACAGGGAGGUUCGCCCCUGAGCUUUGCUCAGACUCAUUGUGUGAGGACUUUGACAUCCUGGGUGGAGGGAAGGGGGGCUUCCCCCAUCCCUCCUCAAGCUGCUACCAUCAUGGCUCAGACCCUGCAGAUGGAGAUCCCCAACUUUGGCAACAGUAUCCUGGAAUGCUUGAAUGAGCAGAGGCUGCAGGGUCUCUACUGCGAUGUAUCAGUGGUGGUAAAAGGCCAUGCUUUCAAGGCCCACCGUGCUGUCCUGGCUGCCAGCAGCUCCUACUUCCGGGACCUUUUCAACAGCAGUAAGAGCGCAGUGGUGGAGCUGCCCGCCGCUGUGCAGCCCCAGUCCUUCCAACAGAUCCUUAGCUUCUGCUACACUGGCCGCCUCAGCAUGAAUGUGGGUGACCAGUUCCUCCUCAUGUACACUGCUGGCUUCCUCCAGAUCCAGGAGAUCAUGGAGAAGGGCACAGAAUUUUUCCUCAAGGUGAGCUCACCCAGCUGUGACUCGCAGGGCCUCCAUGUUGAGGAAACACCCUCGUCAGAGCCUCAGAGUCCCGUAGCCCAGACCUCCAGCUGGCCAGCUUGCAGUGCCCCACUUCCCCUUGUCUCUCGAGUUAAGACUGAGCAGCAAGAGUCAGACUCAGUUCAAUGCACGCCUGUAGCCAAGCGGCUAUGGGACAGUGGCCAGAAAGAGGGUGGUAGCAAUGGCAGCCGCAAAAUGGCCAAGUUCUCCAGCCCAGACUUAGGAGGGAACCGAUCCCAGCAGCCGCAACCCCUAGCACAGCAGCCUCAGCAGCAGCAGGUGCCCCAGGGCAUGGCACCCGCCCCAGUGCCAGCAGGGGCAGCAGGGAUGGGGAGCGGGCCCAGCACAUCAGAACGGACCAGUCCUGGGACAUCCAGCGCCUACACUAGUGAUAGCCCCAGUUCCUACCAUAAUGAAGAGGAUGAGGAGGAGGAUGCAGGGGAGGAGGGCUCUGAUGAGCAGUACCGCCAGAUCUGCAACAUGUAUACGAUGUACAGCAUGAUGAAUGUAGGCCAGACAGGUGAGCGGGCGAGCCCCCUGGGGCGGGGGAGGGAGGGGCUUAGCCCCGGGGAGGCCCUACAGCCCCCAUCGGCACUCCCCUCCCCUCCCCUCCCCACUCUCUCCCCAGCUGAAAAGGUGGAGGCCCUGCCGGAGCAAGUGGCCUCUGAGUCCCGCAACCGAAUCCGGGUGCGGCAAGACCUGGCCUCUCUGCCAGCCGAGCUCAUCAACCAGAUUGGCAAUCGAUGCCAUCCAAAGCUCUACGACGAGGGUGACCCUGCUGAGAAGCUGGAGCUUGUAACAGGCACCAAUGUGUACAUCACAAGGGCACAGCUCAUGAACUGUCACGUCAGUGCGGGCACGAGACACAAAGUCCUCCUUCGUCGGCUCCUGGCCUCCUUUUUUGACAGGAACACUCUGGCCAACAGUUGUGGCACAGGCAUCCGAUCUUCCACCAAUGACCCUACCCGAAAACCCUUGGACAGCCGGGUCCUCCAUGCUGUCAAGUUCUACUGCCAGAACUUCGCCCCGAACUUUAAGGAGAGCGAGAUGAACGCCAUCGCAGCGGACAUGUGCACCAAUGCCCGAAGGGUGGUGCGUAAGAGCUGGAUCCCCAAGCUGAAGCUCCUCAUGGCUGAGGGCGAUACGUACACGACCUUCAUCAAUGACACAGGCAAGAUGGAGCCCGACAUGAUGGGUGUGGAGCACGGCUUUGAGACGGCCAGCCAUGAUGGGGAUGCUGGGCCCUCAGCCGAAGCCCUCCAAUAACCCUUCCCCCCCUCUCUGCCCUGUCUGACCUAGCCUUUCCUGGCUUGUACUCCUCCUCCUCUUUCCCCAGUUGCAGGCUGCCCUUUGGCAAGGGGUUCCCUCUGCCUUUCAUUUUGGACUUUGUUUAUUCUUUGGUUAACAUCCCCUCCUGUCCUUGGUCCAGUUUGCCAGAGUGGACGCGUGAUCACUGCACGAUGCUGUCUGUCCCACCCCUUCCCUCCUCCCCCCAACAGCACCACUUCUUUCCCAUGGAGCACAUAGCACCAAGGAGCAGAAAUCCAGGUGGACUGUGUGGUCCUAUGGGGUGGGUUGAAGUGGGAAAUCUCUCCAGUCUCUUCCCACCCUGUUCCCCAUUUCUUGAAAGGCACUAAGAGUAGGUUGGGAAAGUGUCAAACAUGGUUUUGUUUCCUUUACUUUUUUUUUUAAACAAACACUCAGAAUGAUCUAACUAUAUAUAUAUAUAAAGAGAGAGAAAUCUAUAGACCUAGAAAUAAUAUAUAUAUAUUAUAAAAAUAUUUACCAGGAAAGGAAAAGCAUGUUCGUCCUACAAGCAAGAGAAAAUGAGUAACAAAUUGCCUUUCAGUGGCAAACGCUCCCCACCCCCAAACUCCCAAGUCAGUGCCCCAGUAGUAUCCUUUGGGAGUGGGUAUCAGGGAUUUGGACUUUCUCCCUGCCCUUCCUGAAGAUUGCCCUUGGAGGCUAGACUUGGCCUCUGGCUCUCUUUAUACUUUGUUCUUCCAGGCCUCCAGUCUGCAUUUCUACCCUUCUUCCUCUUCCUUCAUAGAGCUUCUGGCUUUUUUCAUCUUCAUUCUUAGUCUUUUCCAAAACAUCUUCCCAUCUAUUUAAUUUUAUUAUUGGGACAUCCUGUGGGAUGGUAAGGGCAACUGGCAGUAACGCCACUUAACAGGGAGGAAAUGGAAGUGUUUCCCCCCAAUUUUUGCCCCUCAAAGUGAUCUGCCCAGUGUCACAGCAAGGGAGUGGCAGGGUGUGGACAAGAACAAGAAGAACAAGAACAAGUUCCCGAACUGAUGGGCCAGUGAUCUUUGUUCCAUCAGACUCCAGCAGCCUCGGAUCUUUAAUUCAUUUUUGUUCUUUUUGGAGAAAAGAACAGGCACUGAAUCAGGAGUCUUAUGUAGGAAGAGAGGAGAGAGAGAAAGACUGAGUGUGAUUGUGAGUAUGUGCAAUCACUAGAGUAGGAAUGACUUGAAUGGUUUUGCUUUGGCAAAAUAAGAUGGAAUCUGGAGUGUUUCUAGGGAUAGUGGAGUAGGAUUGGCAGGAAGGGGAGCAGUGAGGCUGAAGUCAGACUCCUUUAUGUGUCACAUGAACCUCUCCUGAGAGGUGGCGGCCCUGCGGCUCUCCUCCCUGUCCAGUCCUUUCCUCUACCUGUCCCUGAAACCCUGUGGACAGACUUAAAAAAUGUAGCAAGUGUUAAGUCCUAUGGAAAUGUCAAGACCUAUAGAAUUUUCAACCAAUAUGACUUCCCAUGAUCCUCUUUUCCCCCAUGUUCUUUACCUCCCAAGCCUGGAGGCUUGGUGGGCUUAGUUGUUCCUGGGGUCUUGAAAGGAGGCACCUUGAAGGUGUUGGGGAGCAGUGUGAGUAGAAAUCUGUCCACAUUCUAUGGGCUUUGUCAAUUUUUCUUUAAACUUGCCCUUCUGUCUUUUCUGGUCCUCAUUUCUGCCAAUCCAUGGCUUUCCCUCUGAGACUCUGGCGUGUCCAGCCUGGUCAGGCCCUACUAAAGGGUUAAUCCUCAUUUCAAUUAAGCUGAUUUGUGGCUAUUCCCUUUCCUUAAUUAAGGAUGUUUUCUAGUUUGUAUAUGUGAACAUGGAUGGGGGCGAGGGGGGCAUCUUUAUUUCAUUUUUGUUUGCCUCCCUUCUCUCUCCCCCAUCCUCAGAUCCUGGGUGACCUCUCUCCCAAAGUUAGGGUGCUCCUUUAAGCCAAAUCCCAUACUCUUACUGAAUGUCUCAUUGGUUCAGAGAUUUAGAGGUGGAGGGGAGGGACCUGAGAGGUCAUCUGGUUUAAUUGAGGCCCCCAGAAGUUACAUGACUCUCCGGCAGGGCCAGGAUCAGAAGCUGAUUAUCUUUCAUGUUAUUUUUUCUCCACCACUGUCUCUGCUGGGUCUGGGCACAGUACAGGUGCUCAGCUCUGAGCUACCUGCAGAGUCGCUUCUACCUCCUUCUUGGACUUCAUUGGAGUGAUGCCAUAGGAUCAGGGAUGGAUUGGGGGGAAGAGCACAAACUUGUUGGACCCCCUUGGAAUCCUAGCUUUGUCAGUAGCUCUGUCCAUUGCCACGGUGGGUGCAUCCAUUCUUUCUGCUCUUUAGCUAGAGUCAUAAGUAUUUACUUGCUGACUACAAGCCAGGAACAGGCCUAUGUGCUGCAGAAAGACAAAAGGGGAAACCAAACAGUCCCUGCCCCCAUGAGGAGUUUACUUUUGAAUGUCAAUAAUUCCCAGCCUUCUCUCUGCUUUAUGUUCCCUCGAAGAGGCAAAGUAAGGGCUGCCUGAGAGUCUGAAUGGCUGGUACUCUCCUCUCCUCUUUGCCCAACUUGCUGGGCAGGAGUCCUCUUUGUAAAUGCCCAGUGUCACCGUUUAGGAUGGAGCCAGCGGUGGGGCUGGCCCCGAUCUGUCUGCUUUUUCUGGAUUGGGGUCGACUUGCAGGCAGUAUAAUAGGAGGCCUUUCCCUCUCAUCUUCUGGCCCUUUUUUCUGCUUUCUAAGGACCUUACCCUGGGCCCUGUAGGACCAGGGGUAGCAGUGAGGGGAACAUGCACUUUGAAGGAGCUCUGGUCCCAGGACCUCAAGACUUUGGCACAAUGUACCUAGGAGAGCACCCCCCUCCCCCGCCCCACUCAUUAAUUGAGGAUGCAUUACUUUGGAAGAGGCCAUUUGAGGAAAAUGUUUCCCCCUUGCCAGUUUCCUGAAGCUAGCCUGUUUUGUCUGUCUGAUCUUUUCUAGUCCCUCAGGAUAAAACCCUUUUUAAAUGACUCUACUAGCCUACUCAGUGUAAGCUAAGGGAGAGAGGGAACAUGCGAAUUUUUUUCCUCCAGUUGUGUACCCCACAGCACCAGAGCCCUCUUGUGUCACAUUCUAUAUGUCCACUUCUUGGUCACUUUCCUAAGCCCCUGGAGAGGGACACUAGAUCUUUCUUGCCCUAAAAUACAAGCACCUUAUCUGCCCUCCCAUCCUUAAAACUGUCCUAAUUCCCCUUCCCCAAAUCUCCCAAAGCACAAGGCCCCUCAAGGUGUUCUAACUAGAGUCACCUGUGAGGUUCUGGGACCAAAUUGGGGGAGGAGAUAGAUAUCAGUAAGGAAGGGAGGCAGAGUGGGAGAGCCCCUUCUCAUCUUGGUGCCUGGCGAAGGGAGGAAGGACAGUACGUGUAUCCCUUAUGUAUUGUGUCCCCAAAAUCCAGCUGUGAAUUAUGUAGCCUCUGGAGCUGCCUGUCAUUAACGAGGGAUAGGAGGGAGAGAACAGAGCAUGGGGGUAGGCCAGCAUUAAAAUUUAAAAUUGGGUUGUCUGCCAGCCACGCUUCAGCACAUUCCUGCCCUGCUCCAGCUUAGGCCCUGGAGCCUUUUGUCCCAACACUAUCACUAGCCGGGAGUGCUGAGAUUCAGCCCCACCUAGCCUGAGCUCUCCCCCCAGUGUGAUCAUUAUUCAGAGUGUCUACCCCACUCCCUUCUGCAACCCUUAAUUGGACCCCAAGUUCCUUCCUUUAGGCUGCAGCCUCUGCUUCCCUAGGAUCCUCUAUUUUAUACACCUGGAAGCUUGAGAGGAGGCGUCAUUUAGCAAUAAAGGAGGCAGCUAAAGGCGAGGGGAAUAUGGAGAGAAGAGACUUGUGGAUUUCCAAAUUCCAUGGUUGUAAGCUGAUGUUUGUUCCAUGAUCCCGAGAACCCUAGACUUGGAGCUGAAAACGACCUAGAAUCACCUUGUCCAGAUGCCAAAAGGUGCAGAGCCUGGAAGGGGCUUGAGGGACUGUGCUGAAGUGGGCCGGGGAGGGGGGAGGGGAGUCAGCUCCUCCCAGGAGAGCCAAAGACAAGGGUUGUGCCUUACCAAAGGGGGGCUGCCCCCUUCCUUCCCCUCCCCCCUCCCCAGGGUCCUGCUCUUCAAUUUCCUUUCUCAAACAUCCCUCAUCUACCCCUUCCCUCCUCCCCCCAUUCGCCUUUCUGCUGAGCUGCAUGGCCCAGGAAUGCUGGGUGCUUUCUGCUGAUGCUGCAGCUGCUUCUCCACCAACCACCCUCAGAAGUCAGGCCCAGAAUCAAGUUUUCCACAAAAAAAGGAAGAAAAAAGACAAAAAACAAUCUCCCCAGACCCUGGGGCUGCCAGGAUUUGUCUGUGUGAAGUGCCAAUGACCUUGUGACCUUCAGAAAACACACACAAGGCUCCCCAGUCCCCAGCCCGCCUCACCCCCCUGUGACCCCAGUAAUGAGGCUUGCACAUUAACUACUGUAAAGAGGAGCAGAGCUGGAGAAAUGUGAAUAAUGGGAAUAAUAAUACUGAAUAAUAAAUAAUGGCAUUUGUAA